AUGAUUGCUGGUUUCUCGAAGGCUACUACUCUUUACCUUGCCCCUGUACUGGCUCUUACUGCCACGAUCCUCUCGCUUUUUGCUUUCCUUGCGCCCACACUUCUACUCCAUGAUCGUGUGGCCUUGCUCACGGUCACACCAUCGACUACGUUGUCCCAACCAGGACCCUCAAAGUCAAUCGAUGGUCCGAGUGUGUUUAUCGGCAUAUUGGGCUCUUGCUCUAGGUCCAAUAACAAUGACACAGUAACUUGCACUGCUCCCGCACUGGCACCGGAAUACGCGCUUGGUGUCCUCCCGGAGAAUGCUCCCCGCCUUCUGUUAUCAGCCCCGUCCGCUGCUGCUCCUGGACUCAUCGCGGUUGCCUUGGCAUUCUCUGUCGUAUUCCUGGUUACCUUUACCCUCAUCUCCUUCCGUCACAAGAUGCCUGGAAAGGCUUCUAGCGUCUUCGAUGCCCCUCAUUUGCAGAACGCUUCAGCUUGGAUUGGCGUCUUUGGAUUUAUGAUUGGCUUUACUGCGUUCCUAAUUAUCCGCAUGUGGUUUGGGAAAACCGUCAAGGACUUCAAUGCCAUGAUCUUGGAGCAAGGUCAGCAAGGUCCGCAGCUUGUCGCUGAGAUUGGCAAUGCCUUCGUUAUGGUAUAUGUGGCUUACGCAUUUUUCGCUGUGCCGAUCAUCAGCUCCCUAACGAAGCUGAACGUCAAGCUCAGCAAGUAA